GUCAAAGGUUGUUUACUUUGAAGUGACUCAACUGGUUCCCCAUGACUAGUGCUCUAUAUUUGUAACCUGAUUAAGUCAGCUAUAACAACAUUGAUGACAUGACUCACAAGAUAGGUGUGACCUGGGUCACGCUACUGCUGUCGCUGAAUCUGUUGCAUCAUGGGAUAAAAGGGAAGCUCAAGAGCGGCAUCACCAUCCCCGACAAGCCUAACAUCGUCCUGAUGGUGGCUGAUGACAUGGGGUGGGGGGAUCUGUGCAGUUACGGCCAUCCUACCCAGGAGUGUGGUGAGAUAGACAAGAUGGCGGCGGAGGGGAUGCGCUUCCUGCAGUGGUACAGCGCAGACUCGCUGUGUUCCCCGAGCAGGGCAGCACUGCUGACAGGUCGUCUUCCCAUCCGCGUUGGUGUGUGGGGUGGAGAGAGAGUCUUUUUAAACGAUGGUAGUGGAGGCCUGCCGAAGAAUGAGACAACCAUCGCCGAGGCUCUAAAAGAUGCUGGGUACGCCACCGGCCUGGUCGGCAAGUGGCAUCUAGGUAUUAAUGAGUUUUUACCGGAUGACGGAAGCCACCUGCCUCACCAUCAUGGGUUUGACUUCGUUGGAACCAACCUUCCAUUUACCAACCACUGGGCAUGCGACGAAUCCAAGGUUCACAUGGCUCAUCCUAACCCCAUCAAAUGUUUCCUGUACUGGAACUCCACACUCGUCCAGCAGCCUUUCAGACACGAUAACCUGACCGCCUCCUUCCUACAAGACUCCGUAGCCUUCAUGCACAACCACAAGGACAGACCCUUCUUCUUCUACUUCUCCUUCGCUCACAUGCACACCGACAUGUUCUCUGCACCCAGGUUCAGGCAGACGUCAAGGAGAGGAAGAUAUGGAGAUGGGCUGCGUGAGAUGGACUGGGCUGUAGGAGAGGUGCUGACAACACUCGUCAGUCUACAGAUCCAGCACAGAACACUGGUGAUCUUCCUGUCGGAUCACGGAGGGCAUCUUGAGAUCUGCACUGAGGGAGGAUCAAACGGGAUUCUCAAAGGUGGCAAGGCGUCCACAUGGGACGGAGGUUUGCGUGUCCCCGGAAUAGCCUGGUGGCCAGGUGUUGUUGCACCUGGGCAGGUGUCCCAUGACCUGGUCAGCUCCAUGGACGUGUUCCAGACAGCUGUUGAGUUGGCAGGUGUGACUCCGCCAACGGGUCGCAUCUAUGAUGGGAAAAGCCUGGUGCCGAUUUUGCUGAAGACGUCGGCUGCUCCAACAAGUAAAUCUACUCCCUCCCCGCGGACCCUGUUUCACUACUGUUCCAAUAGACUGAUGGCUGUUAGACAGGGGGGGUAUAAGGCACAUUUCUACUCAAUGGAGCUACCUUCUAAUUAUACAGAACACUGUCCCGGUGGUGUACCAAAUGUCGAAUAUUAUUCAUUUUAUGAUUGUUACGGAUCACACAUAACACACCAUGACCCUCCACUACUCUUCAACAUAGACAGAGACCCAGGAGAACUUUACCCUUUAUCAGUCGAACAUCACAGAGAAAUAAUAACACAUAUUCUAGCAGCAAAAGCACAGCAUGAAGCCAAUUUGGUUCCCGGAAAGGCCCAAUGCCGAGAGACAUCUACAACAUUACAACCCUGCUGUAACCCUCCCUUCUGCUAUUGUAACUACAAACCAGCCACUCAUGAUCAUAGGUAUGGAUAG